CGCUCCAUCUCUCUUUUUCCUUUAUUGCCUUCCCCUUCUCUCUCUCUCUCUCUCUCUCUCUCUCUCACGUCUCAGGGAAGUCCAUGGAAAUCUCACUUGCUCUGUUUUGCACACUAGCAAUUCUACUCACACUCUCUUCAACAGCCACCUCACAUUACUACUCCUCCUCUUCGCCGCCUUCUUCUGGUCAGCAUUCUUCGUUUUCCUCCUCGCUCUCCGAAUGGCGAUCUGCGCACGCUACUUACUACGCCGCCGCAGAUCCCAGGGACGCGGUAGGCGGUGCGUGCGGCUAUGGUGACCUUGUCAAAGCUGGUUAUGGCAUGGGCACUGCGGGUCUCAGUGAGUCUCUCUUCGAACGGGGCCAGAUCUGCGGUGCCUGCUUCGAGCUCCGGUGUGUCGAGGACCUUCGCUGGUGCAUUCCCGGAACCUCCAUAAUCGUUACUGCUACGAAUUUCUGUGCGCCCAAUUAUGGGUUCACCGCCGAGGGAGGUGGCCGCUGUAACCCUCCCAACAAGCAUUUCGUACUCCCGAUUGAAGCUUUCGAGAAGAUCGCUAUUUGGAAAGCUGGGAACAUGCCAGUUCAGUAUCGGAGGAUAAAGUGCCGAAAGCAAGGAGGAAUGCGGUUUACAAUAACAGGUUCUGGCAUUUAUAUCUCAGUGCUGAUCCGCAAUGUAGCAGGCGCUGGAGACAUAGUGGCGGUGAAGGUGAAGGGAUCAAGAACUGGUUGGCUUCCAAUGGGUCGGAAUUGGGGCCAAAACUGGCAUGUAAAUGCAUUACUACAGAACCAACCUCUUUCAUUUGAGGUCACUGGCAGUGAUGGGCUAACAGUGACGUCUUAUAAUGUUGCUCCCAAGGAUUGGAGCUUCGGACAAACCUUUGAAGGCAAGCAAUUUGAGUCAUGAAAGCAUCACAACAAAUACUGGACUCUGGAGGACCAUGUCUCCUAUCCCACAAACAAAGAUCCCUCAAGAGAAUAGGUAUAGGUAGCUUUCUUGUACAAUUUUUUAUGUUUUGAUUUUCUAACGUUUUGGAGAAGACGGUGUAAACCGCAGAAACUUUGUUGAAAUUGUGGAUUGGUGGCUCGCAUGGUAUAGGUGAAUAUGAUCUCAUUUCGUUCA